AUGGCGACCGUUUCCAGCCUAGCAAGGCCCGAUGCCCUCACUGGAGGCACCCCAUGGAAGAAAAAUCUUUCUGCGACUCUUUCCUGCCCUGAAUGCAAGGAAGUCCCUCCAAAUCUCGAGUUUCCCGAUUCCCAUGAGACCGUCUGCGGCUCUUGUGGUCUGGUUCUCGCUGAUCGUGAGAUCGACAUGCACUCUGAGUGGCGAACCUUCUCGAACGAUGACCAGAACAACGACGACCCAUCCCGUGUCGGAGAUGCCAUGAACCCGCUGCUCAAUGGAGACCAGCUGGAGACUUCCAUCGCCAGUGGAGCUUCUGGUCGUGCUCGUGACCUCUACCGUGCUCAAAACAAGCAGUCCAACGAGAAGGCAAACAAGGCGCUCCUGGCCGCUUACAAAGAGAUUGGUGCGCUCUGUGAUGGUUUCAACAUUCAGAAGAAUGUGGCAGACACAGCCAAGUAUCUUUUCAAGAUAGUUGACGAUGCCAAGGCUUUCAAGGGCAAAUCCCAGGAUGUGAUUAUCGCAGGGUGCAUCUUCAUUGCCUGCCGCCAGUGCAAGGUCCCUCGUACAUUCACCGAGAUCUUUGCUGUGACCAAGGUCACCCGCAAGGAAAUUGGACGGAUCUACAAGUCUCUUGAGAAGUUCUUCACGAAUCAGAAUGUCGAGCGCCACGCUGCUGUUCUUUCCAGUGGCGGUGUCGUUGAUCCCAAUGACACAUACACCGCUACCACCUCGACUAAGCCAAGUGAGCUUACCAGCCGUUUCUGUAACUUGCUGGAUCUUCCCUUCCAGGUCACCAGUGUUUCUGCUGCGUUGGCUGAUCGGGUCACUUCCAUGGGUGACCUGGCUGGACGCUCCCCGCUGUCCAUUGUGGCCUGCUGCAUUUACAUGUCCUCGUACUUGAUGGGUCAACCUAAGUCUGCAAAGGAGAUUUCCGUUGUUGCCCACGUCAGCGACAGUACCAUCCGUGGUGCCUACAAGCAAUUGUACGCUGAGCGCGAGCGUCUUAUUGACCCAGAGUGGAUUAAGGAUGGCAAGGGCGACAUGAACAACUUGCCCGUCGGUUAA